GGGACGAGCGGAAGCUCUAGGAAGGUUCAACUCGCGCUGGAGGCGUGGCCUGAAGUCCCGCCCACGCUUAUCCGGGUGACACAGAGGAAAGCAAGAAGAACCCGGGAGAAUAUACCAGAAAUAUCUUCACCCGCUUCCACGUCAACUAAAGUCAUGCAACCGGCAGCCGCUAAGUGGUACGACGAACGGGACUGUGUCUACGUCGAGUUCAUUGUGGAGGACAGCAAGGAUGUUAAAGUAAACUUUGAAAAAUCUAAAUUUGGUUUCAGUUGUCUCAGUGGAACUGAUAAUACUCAGCACUCAAAUGAAAUUGACCUCUUUGAUGCUAUUGAUAAAGAGGAGUCCAAACACAGGCGCACAGACCGGUCAGUCUUGUGCUAUUUACGGAAAGCAGUGCCUGGGAAAUCAUGGCCAAGAUUAACAAAAGAGAAGGGAAAGAUUAACUGGCUUAGUGUUGACUUCAACAACUGGAAAGACUGGGAGGAUGAAUCUGAUGAAGAUUUGUCCACCAAUGAUCGCUUUUCAGAUAUGAUGAACAACAUGGGAGGAGAGGAUGACUUACCUGACCUAGAUGGAGCAGAUGAUGAAUCAGUAGAUAGCGAUGAUGAAAAAAUGCCUGAUCUAGAAUAAAGGGACUGGUACCUUGUGGAUAGACAGACAAGGGGAGGGAAAUAAAAUGAAAAGAGGGAGCCGUCACAAAAUGGUACAUGAUCUAAAAUAGAGCAAAGCAGUAGUCUACGUACAAGACCUGUGGAUUCAUAAACAUCACCUCUGUCCACUCAGUGGCUGCACUCCAGAAGGUUGACAUCCUUCCGCUGGGAGUUAAUAUCCAUAUUGCUGUACAGAGCUUCUUUGUCCCUCUCCUAAUGAACAGUCCUGGUUUUUUGUUUGUUUGUUUAAUUUUAAUCUGUUGUACUACAAACGUCAAGUAUACCUAAACUGUUCUGAAAAUCUGCACUGUAUUCGUAUUUUUCAACUGAUAAGCAAUAGGUGUGAUGAAAAGUUCCUUUUUUAUUGUAAGGCAUUGUAAUUAAAAUAAAAAGUAAAAUCAUUA